AUGGGCCGGCUCAAUGAAGCGAAGGUGACCGAAAUCCUGAUCGGCUAUGUGAAAGCGCUGAUGUCCAAGGCUGCUUCGGCUGGUGCCGGAGAAGCGGAGCGCUUCAAGGAUGCUUGCAUUUUCCUGUGCAUAGCCAUGGCAGUGCGGGAGCAGACUCACAGAGAAGGUGUCACUGUGACUAACCAGAACGUCAAUGUGCUUGACUUUUUCACAUCCUUGGUGGCGCCGGAGCUGACCGCGGAACCAUUGUCCCAACGACCCGUUCUUCGAGCUUCCUGCUUGAAGUUUGUGACCGUGUUUCGAAAUCAGCUCCCGAGAGAACAAGUCGGUCAAGUGUUGCCUGCUAUUUGCAGCCACAUCACCGCUGAGAGCGCAGUGGUGCAUACCUAUGCGGCAAUCUGCAUAGAGAAGCUCUUGAGGGUGAGGGAUGCGACGCCGCAGGCAGACCAUUGCCAGCCUGAUGUAGUGAGGAACCCAAAGGCAUCCUUGACAGGCACUUCCUCGCAUCACGGCACUGCUGGUGAUCCAAUCUUGCUCGAAGCCUUUUAA